AAACAAACCUGACCUCUCUAGGACAUUCAGAAGAAACGUUAUAAGCCCACAAAGGUGUAACUGGACUACUUCUUUAAAGGAGACAUAACAUGAAAAACCCACUUUUUUAUCCAUUAACACAGUGUGUUUCACAUUUUAAGUGUCUAAGUGAGCAAAAAGGCUUAUAUUAUUCACUGGAGUUGCUAUUUAGAUAUUUAAUAAUUAAGUUUUGGGCAUAUUUGUCCACCCGUUCAGUUUUUACAUUAUCAGUGACGUCAGUAAUUAAUUUAGUCCGGAUAACUACCAAAUAUGGUCAUGGCUCUCUGGCUACACAGAAAGUAAAGCCGCCAUUUUUUUCCCCUCGCUAGGACAGUUGUAGUCCAGAGUGAAUAAUGCCAAAACCACGGUUAGAUAACUUGAAAUGCUCUGUCUAUGGAUGUACUCAUCCACACGAGUGUUUACACCGUCCUCCUGCAUCAGAAGAAGUUAGAAUUGCCUGGUUGAAUUUUAUUUUUCAUGGUAAUGUCCCAUCUUCUGUGCGUAAAGUACUUUUUGUUUGCUCAAAGCACUUUAAAUACGAGUGCUUCACCAACCUACUGCAGUACAGAGAAGGACUAGCCCAAAGGCUUCGACUCAUUGAGGGCUCAGUUCCCACUGAGUAUGGGGAUGAUGGACACACCAGCAAAGAGCUCCCAACACCAAGGACACAGAAGCCAUCUUUUACCAGUUCAGGCUGUCAGACGAAACCACAGAUGCGUGCAGUUGGAACCCAACUCUCACUGAAAACUCUAGGGCCACAUUUCAGAAGUAUAGGCACACAGACAAGCAUGGAUUUCUCUGAAGUUGUAGCUGGUACUUCAACAACAGGCUCUCUUCACACCACACAUUUUGUGACCUCCACACCAGUGAAGCGCCAACAUUUGUCUGCUAUACCAGAAGAACAUAUCACACCUAUAAAGAGACCUUGUUUGGAUGAGACCACAGACGCUGACGACACUUUAGAAGGCAGUAGUUCAAUGAACAUCCCAAGCCCACAAGAUAAAACAUAUGACCCUCUGGCAUCAAUAAGUGCUUUGACGGACAUCACUGAACACACAAAGGACACAUCAGUUCCAGCAUACAGUGUGAAUACCUAUAUAGUAUAUGAGAAAUGCCUUUUGGAACUGUUUGAGAAAUGCCCUGUGUGUCAACGAGCAACAAGGGUGCAGACCAGAAGAAUUGGCACUUUUCUGACUGUCGAGCAGCGAUGUCUCCACUGUGAUUAUCUUAGAAAAUGGAAUAGUCAGCCAUUACAUGGAGGUACUCCAGUGGGGAAUCUUCAACUUUCUGUUGCUGUUUAUUCAAACGGUGGAUCAUUCUUCAAAUUGGAAAAAAUUUUCCAGGCAAUGAAACUUCAAAUGUUCCACCACUUCACAUUCCGACGGCAUGCAAGACUGUAUAUUGAGCCAGCUAUUGUACAUGCGUGGAAGUCAGCACAGGAUGGCAUGAUGGAGGAGCUAAAUCAACAACCUGCCAUACUUGGUGGUGACAUGAGGGCUGACUCUCCAGGUCACUCUGCGAAGUAUGGCAGUUAUACCAUGAUGGAUCUGAGGAGCCAGAGGAUAGUGGAUUUGCAACUCGUUCAGAGCAAUGAAGUUGGUGGAAGUUACUACAUGGAGCUUGAGGGUCUGAAACGCAGUCUAGGUGUCUUAAAUGAACACAAUAUAUCUUUGGACUGUGUUGUUACUGACCGCCAUCCUCAAGUCCAGAAGUACCUGAGACAAGUGGCCAAGAUCACCCACUACUACGAUGUGUGGCAUAUCCAAAAAGGGUUAUCCAAAAAGAUGACAAAGAUUGCACAAAACAAAGACUGCGCUGAACUGAGCAGGUGGCUUCGCAGCCUGAAGAAUCACAUUUACUGGACUGCUGCUUCAUCUUCAACUCCACAGGAAAGAGUGGCUAAGUGGACCUCCAUCUUAAACCAUGUGCAGAACAUUCACUCGCAUGAUGAUCCAGUUUUCCCUCGGUGUUUACAUCCACAACGCACGUCGAGAGAUAAAAGCAAAUGGUUAAAACCAGCAACACCAGCAUUCUGCAGACUGGAGAACCUGUGGACCACAAAGAGGAUUCUGAAGGAUGUAGAAAAGCUAAGCCCUCACUUGCAGACAUCAGCCAUAGAAGCCUUCCACAGUGUGAUUUUGCAGUUUGCACCAAAACACUCACACUACCCUUUCCUGGGAAUGCUGUGCAGGCUUUUUCUGGCAGCGCUGCACUUCAACGAAAAUGGCCAGCGUCUGACCGCUACUACCUCGUCUGGCCAGCAUAUGUUCAGGCUGUGUUUUCCAAAGUUCAAGAAGGGAGAAGCAACAGCAAGGCCAAUCAAAACAGCUCCAACAUUUAAAUACGUGGAUGACAUCAUGCAGCUGGUCUUUGAACAAGUUUUCCCUGACCCAACUCCAUUUGUCGAUGAGGUAGCAAAGAUUAACAUCCCACCAACCCUCUCAUCUGAGUACACCAGACCAGAGAAGACAACAGUUGUCUCGGCCUAUGUUUCCCGCUUCAACCCAGCACCGGUUUGAAGCCAACAUAACGCCCCUCAUCAUCUGGAAACUCCUGCCGUAUCCUGAGCACAACACAAGACGGCAGGACGACACGAACAUUGCGGCCCAGAUAUCCCCAGCACCAGGAAACAAAGCAUCUGUAUGAACAGUACCUGUAACGACUGUAACAGAAAGAGAAGACAUUAACAAAUGUCCAUUAACACUACUAUAGUGUUUUUUUUUUUUUUUUUUUGCUUUGGAUUUACGUAUUUGCUGUGAGAUUUUUUUAAAUAAUAUUUGUAUAUGAAGAACCAAUAAAAACUUUUUUCUUACUGUACAAUUCCUCUUAGACGUAAGGGUCCAAACUGGGCCUUGUAAACAUUUAUUGCAUUCUGCAGUGAAUACACAUUGAGGCAGACAGGCUCUAACCCUGGAUGAUCCACCAUGCAUGUCAUUGUGCUUGAUACUUCAUCCAUUCUGGCUUUAACCUAAUAAGUUAUAUUUUAUUUAGAAUGAAAGUAAAAUAGAUUUAGGUUUUAUUGUAAAACACACUGACCUUAGGAAUUUCUUUACAGCAUAGAUUUUCUAUCUCAGUGGGCAUUGUAGAGCAGUUCCCACAUGUACACCUAAAACCACAUUAAAUAAAAGUCUAAUGAAGGAAUGGUUAGAGAAGUGCUACAGAAAGCGCCCAAGAGGAUUUUCUUCACAGUGGUUUCAGUGCGCAGGAGGACGAUGAAUAAACGAAUAAAUAGUAAUUAAGUGCUAGUUAUAUACCAUUGGUUUAUAUGCAUUUGUAGCCGUGGUUGGUCAGAAUCAUUCUCUUCAUUGUCUUGUUGCUCAGGGUCGGACUCUGGCUCAAACAUGUACGGCUGGAUAGACAAAUCUCCCGACAUGUCAAAAAAAUGCUGUCACAAAGGUUCAGAUAUGCUAAAUAGCGUUUUCUCUAAAAAAAACUACUAAAAUGUACGACUGGAGUCACCCCCUCCGCUCCUGCUCAGAAGAAGGGGCGGAGUUUCAGUGCUUCUUCCAGAUUUAAAGAGACAGUACCUAGAACGGCUCAUGCUGACCGUGUGCUCAGAAUAGGGGUAAAGGAGGGGUCUUUAGAUCAACAUUAAUGAGGAAAUCUGACCAAAGAAAGGCUGUUUCACUAUUUUUAGACACCAACUGAAUGAUUUAGCUGCAAAAAAGGAAUAAUUUAAAUGCAUGUUAUGUCUCCUUUAAAGUGACACCAGGCCCGGUGACCUUUGGGACA